AUCAACAAAGCUAAUGCACGGUAUGUAAUGAAAAAUUAGAUGGCGCCGAAAUUUUUGUGACUUCCCUCUGCUUUUACCCCAAAAAUUUAAAACCCCAAAGCUGCUUCACUCGCUUCUCUGAACUAAACCCUUUUUCUCACAUCUUGGCACUACACCCAUUUUCCCCCAAUUCUCCAUUUUUGAAACCCUAAAUUACUAUAGGAAAAUUAUUGAAAAAUUUCUGAGAGGUAAAUUAAACAAAGAAAUCUGAGCAAGUAGACGAAUUGAAGGCGACACUCAAGCGGUGGCUGAUUGCUUGAACUUCAGGCGGUGGUUGCGAGUUUCAGGCGGUGGCUGCGAAUUUCAGGCGGUUCCGACAAAUCCCAUUUUCAUCUUGCAUGUUCCUGCCUUGUGGUUGAUUGCUCGAAUUGCUGUUUAAGAGCCUCCUGCAUUUGAAGUUCUUCCAACUCUGCGAAGACAAUGCAUAAUUGCUAAUCGUGGACAAUAUGAUGCUGUUUUUAUGUUGGAAGGUCUUCUGCCUAAGUUCCCCCCUGAAUCUGUUAGAAUGAGAAAGCCGUUCCAUAUGCAACCUUGGAACUCUUCCUUGGAGCUUGAGAAGAAACUUUUUAAGGCUCUUCACUUUCUGUAUACUUAUGCUGUAAUACUAGAUCUUUAUCCAUUUACCCUUGAUGAUUUUGCAAAGGCAUUUCAUGAUAAGACUGAGACACAGGAUUCUGUUGUGAACUUUUGGAAGACAUCUCUGAAUCCUUUGACAUGGACUGAAAUAUUGCGACAAGUCCUGAUUGCUGCUGGAUUUGGAUCAAGAGAUGGUAACCAAAGUAAAGGAUGCCUUACCAAGAUCACAUGUCCAAGUAUGGAUUUCAUGAAUUACUCUACGAGAAAUUGAAGAAGCAGGAGAAAGAAAUGAUAAUGCGGUCCAAAGAAUUGCCGAAAAUAUUGUUUGGCGGACAAAAUGAUUUAGUUUUAACUUUUAAUUGUUUUUUUUAGUUUAACUAGUGAUAAUUUACUUUGUAUUUUUCCUUAUAGAUAACAAUGUACAAACUUUGAAUUUAUAUUAAUAAAAUUCUAAUCAAUUUUUUUUUUUUUUUAAAUUCUG